UCAAAGGCCCAUCAUCAUGCCAUAUCAACUAGACUAGACAAACCAUUUUUGUUUGACAACAAACCAUUUGUACUUCAAUAUGAAGUCCACUUUCAGAAUGGACAAGAUUGUGGAGGUGCAUACAUAAAAGUUCUUUCUCAAACUUCUGACAUGAAUCUUAAGAAUUUUCAUGACAAGACUCCAUAUACUAUAAUGUUUGGUCCUGAUAAAUGUGGAACUGAACAGAAGUUACAUUUCAUUUUUAGACAUAGAAAUCCAAAGAAUGGCACAUAUCAAGAAAAACAUUGGAAAAGAGCUUCUUCUAUACCAAAGUUGGAAGAUUUAUUUAAAGACAAAAAACCUCAUUUAUUUACUUUGAUUAUUACACCUGACAAUCGUUUUGAAAUUCAGAUUGAUCAAAAAAGUAUACACAAGGGAAGUUUACUAGAAGAUGUUAGUCCUUCAGUUAAUCCACCUGCUGAAAUUGAUGAUCCAAAUGAUUCAAAACCUGAAGAUUGGGAUGAAAGAGAAAAGAUUCCAGAUCCCAAUGCCAAAAAGCCAGACAAUUGGGAUGAAGAUGCUCCAAGACAAAUCCCUGAUCCAAAUGCUCGUAAACCAGAAGGUUGGUUGGAUGACGAAGUGGAGCUUAUUCCUGAUCCAAAUGCUGAGAAGCCAAAAGACUGGGAUGAUGAAAUGGAUGGUGAAUGGGAACCACCAUUGAUAAGUAAUCCAAACUGUGAGCAGGCUGGAUGUGGAGAGUGGAAACCACCCAUGAUAGAUAAUCCAAAUUACAAGGGAAAAUGGAGAGCACCCCUUAUUGAUAAUCCAAAUUACAAGGGUAAAUGGAAACCAAGGAGGAUUGAAAAUCCAGAAUUCUUUGAAGAUAAACAUCCUUAUAGAAUGACACCUGUGGGAGCAGUCGGUUUUGAAUUGUGGUCAAUGACAGACAACAUUCUAUUUGAUAACAUCAUAAUCACAGAUGAUAUGUUUGUGUCGGAACAGUGGGCGGCAGAAACCUGGGUUUUGAAGAAAGAACUGGUAGACAGAGAGACGGAUGGUGUGUUUUUAAGAUUAGUCAAAUAUACCAACAAACAUCCCUGGUUGUGGGCAGUCUAUGUGAUAGUUAUAGGCUUGCCAAUAGUUCUCUUCAUUAGUUUCUGCUGUACGUCAUCCACUAGUCAGGAAAAGAAGGAAGAAGCAAUCCGGGCUAAGCGAAAGAAAACUGAUGAACCCACACCGGAUGACAUUCCGGCCAGUGAAGUCAAGAAGGAAGUCAGAGAAACAACUCCAAUUAGAAUUGAAGAAGUAAAAGAGACAGAAAUUAUUCCAGAAAGUAGCGAACAGGAAGAAAAGAGCAAGGAAUCUGAUGUGGAAGAAAAAGAAGAGGAACUACAGAAAGAAGAAAAUACUAAUGAUGUCAAGAAUGAAGUAGAGGAAGAGAAACUUGUCGAACUUGAAAGUGAAGAAGAAGAGGAGGAGGAAGAAGAAGAGGAGGAUGACGAUGAUAAGAAAGAUGAGGAAAAAGAAGAAAAAGAGGAAUCACAAUCUCAGAAUGGAGAGGAGGAAGGAAAAUCCUCGCCGAAACGCAAGGCCAGGAGAGAGUGAGGGGGAGAUUUUAGUGAUGACUGGACUUAUCCAAAUUACUUUAUCAAACACCGAAAUAUAUAUAUUUGGGAUCAUUUUUGCCAAAAGCGUUACUACUGAAGUGCCUAGUCAGUGGAUAGUGUCGGACGGCAAUUUGGCCAAACGCGUUCCCUUUCGUUCAGGCCACUGACUAUUGCACGGUUACAUUAGCGGUACAUCUCGUUUCUAUUUAACCAGGCUUUCGACAUUUAUAUUUGUAAAAACAAUUACUACCGUUCUUCGAGUCAAAUUCUUCUUCGGUGCACGGUUUAUGCCCUUUUCUUUGCAGAGUGAGUUCGAAGUUUAAGUUGCGCGCGUUGUUGCAUUAUUUAUAGGAAUGGGAAUACGUAAGUAUUGUUAUAUAGUCGUUAAAAUGAUAGUUAUAUUAGGUCGAGAUAUUAGUUUUAAUUCUAAAUUGUUUCUUGUAUUAUAAAAUGCUCUUCUAGAACCUUUGUUACUUUAAUUUUGUUCGAUUGUCUGGAGGCAACAGAGUAAAUGUCUGCUUUUCGUCGUGGCACGCAAUUUGGACUCCCCCCGAACUGAAAGCUGUGUUGCACGAAUGUUAGUUUCGUCCUCUCCAGCUUUCGUAAAGACUAUGGUCUCUGUUUUUUAAAAAGACUUCGCAAAAUUUGGAAUCAAAAGUGUCCAGGGCUCCGUGCAUUAUAACAGGUAUUUUUGGCAGCACCCGCCAUUCUUAUUUAUAAGCUACAAACACGUGGAAGUUGCGUAGGGCCUGUAUCAUGCAGAUUCAAUGCCGAAUUUCUUUGUGUUCGUUCUAGUUAUUUUGUCUGAGUAGUUGCCGCAGUAGAUCCCCCUCCCCGUAUGUUAUUUUUCUGACAUAAAUGCACCGCCGAAAGAAUCUGUAACGAGUUUACUUUGUGUAUUUUUCGAUGUUACAAAAUUUUUUUUUCUAUUGUAAGAUUACUUUAAGUAAUUAAAAGUUCCAAAAUGUA